AUGGCUUUCUAUACGCACGCGCAACACACUGGUGCCUGGCACAUGUCCACAUUCAUUCACCCACAGCUUUCAUUCACUCACCUUCGCGCUUUCACUGGAAAGACAUUGAUGCCUGAGGCGCCUGUUGCCACCGAUGCAGCGGCCCAUCCUCGCGCUCAAGUCGGCGGCUGCGAGAGUUCACCUCACGCUUACGCGCCUGUCCGCCCCCAAGUUGCUCCAGCAUACCACGAUCAUGUGGCAACAUUCAGUAGCAAGAGCCUGAGCGCCGCCUGUGAUCAGUGAAGACAACACAAGAAGACGGUUGCCCGGUCGUGAAUCUGUCCAAGACGGCGACUCGGGACACACUAGCGAUCACUGUGUCACCGUGUAGAGUGGUACAAUAACAGUCACGACAACGAGUGAACAGUGCAGUGAGGGCGGACAAUCGCCACUUUGGGAAGGAGCGAGACGCCUCACUUGCAAUGGUACGUUCGAGGCAAUCUCCACUUCCAUCUUGCCACACUGCAACAUCAAAUAUCUAUUGAUUGCAACAUCGGCGACCGAUACAGACAUCACGGCACCACUUCUGAACAUGACUCCGGACAGGACGAGGCGCCGGGACUGGGUGUUGUCACAGCUUGCACAGUCGCCCACGAGUGAAAACCCGUCUCCGGGUACUAGCGACGAGGAGGAAAACGAGCGGCGGGUGAGUCUCAGCGUUCUGGAGGCAUGGCGAUUGUCUUUGACUAAAACCCGAGCCGACCAAGGCGACAAGCUGGAAGACAGACUCAG